CAUCUCACCAAGACAACAUAAACUAAAUGCAAAAAAUUAUGGGAACCUCGUGGCUACAUUCUCCACCAUCACAACUCAUAAAAACCCUAUCUACAUCACUCUCUCUUUGUGUGACUCACAAUUCCUCUCUAAGAUUUCUUUGGAUCCAAACUACCACAUAACCAUUUACUUCUUCUUUUAGUGUUCAAAAAACAAUCUCUUCAAACUUUAUAAUUCUCCACACACACACACACACACAUAAACACAACAAAACACGAACCAAAUGGCCCAAACGAUGUUGCUAAACCCGUUUUCUCAGUUUGUGUUGCCACCAAGAAAUUGCAAUCGUGUUUUUUCUUACUCGAACAAAAGUACCAUUGUUGCUCUCUUCAAGUCAAAACCCAAGGUGCCUCCUAAGAAGCUGGCUACACCAGUGAAGAAGGAAAAGCCAAAGGUUGAAGAUGGCAUAUUUGGGACAUCAGGUGGAAUUGGUUUCACUAAGCAAAAUGAACUAUUUGUUGGCCGUGUUGCCAUGAUUGGUUUUGCGGCAUCCUUGUUGGGAGAGGCAAUUACUGGAAAGGGUAUAUUGUCGCAAUUGAAUUUAGAAACUGGAAUCCCAAUUUAUGAAGCUGAGCCUCUUCUCCUAUUUUUCAUCCUUUUCAAUCUUCUUGGAGCCAUUGGAGCUUUAGGGGAUCGUGGCCGAUUUGUAGACGAUUCAACCGGACUUGAAAAGGCAGUUAUAGCCCCCGGCAAAGGCUUCCGCUCGGCUUUGGGCCUUGGAGAAGGAGGCCCUUUGUUCGGGUUCACCAAGGCAAACGAGCUAUUUGUUGGGAGAUUGGCUCAACUCGGGAUUGCAUUCUCUAUUAUCGGUGAAAUUGUCACCGGAAAGGGUGCUCUGGCGCAACUAAAUAUAGAAACCGGAGUUCCUAUCAAUGAAAUCGAACCCCUUCUGCUGUUCAACGUGGCUUUCUUCUUCUUUGCCGCCAUAAAUCCCGGUACCGGAAAAUUUGUCACUGAUGAUGAAGAGGAUUGAAUGAUGAAGAAUGUAAAUGAAUAAAUUCUAGUUCACUAUUUUGCUUGUUUAUUGUAGGUGCAACUUAUUUUGUAGUUUUAUUAUGAGAGAGAAUUCUAUAUAUGUAAAAUGUUGUUCUCGGAUCAUUAAAAUGCAUCCCAAGAAAAUCCCCCACAUAUAAAUUUAAAAUAUGCUGAGCCUAAGUGGCAGGUUUGCACGAAUCAGUUUUGUAUGCCAAGUGAUAUAAUAUGUUCAGGCAUGGAUAUUUCCAUAAUAUAUUAACUUGUUUUAAUGUUUGUUCAAUCACACCUCAAUUAUGUCUUUUUCAAUAACAUAUAGCAAUUCUUGAUUUCCAUAAGUAAUUUGUAUUCAGACAUACAGGAGAAAAGUUCAGGACUUCAGGUAUCAUUAAACUCAGCUCUCAAAUAAAUUUACACAGAAAGCAUUGAAGAAAGAAGCUCGUUUGAGGGGACAAAAAUGUCACAAAAAAAAAAAU